AUGCCGCUUCGAGUCAGUCUCCCUCCAGCCACUCGUCUCUUCCUUGUCGCCCUUCUCUCUCUAUCAUUACUCUACAAUAUUGCAAGAUGGCGACAACUUGACACAACCGUGGGCAAUCAGGUUACCCCGAUUGUUCCUUACCUGACCCUCGUACCUUCCCACUUCUAUUAUUACCCCUGGACUCUCUUGACUUCUACAUUUGUAGAGCAGAAUAUCUUCACCGUUCUCCUAAAUGCUGCUACUAUCUUCUAUGGUGGCAAGUAUCUGGAGCGCGCGUGGGGUUCCCGCGAGUUCAGCAAGUUUAUCGCGACAGUCACCAUAAUCCCAAAUAUUGUGAUUAUUCCAAUAUAUCUCAUUUGGAGUGGAGUGACUGGGUCAUCUAGCAGAUCCCUCACCCAGAUCUGCGGCGGGGUUGCUAUCCAGGCCUCCUACCUUGUCGCUUUCAAGCAGCUUGUUCCCGAACAUACAGUUGCCAUAUUGAAGGGUCUAGUCAAGAUCCGCGUGAAGCAUUUCCCCGCUCUGUUCCUCCUCCUGAAUACUACCAGCGGCAUCGUACUUGGAACUGACACCGCUGCCGUCUUGGCCUGGUUAGGUAUCUUGGCUAGCUGGAGCUACUUGCGAUUCUAUAAGCGACAGCCCGAUCUUACUGGAACCUCCACAAAUGGCCUCGGUAUUAAGGGCGAUGCGAGCGAAACUUUCGCCUUUGCCUGUCUGUUUCCUGAUGUGAUGCAACCCCCAAUUGCUUUCGUCGCAGAUCAGAUCUAUUCGCUACUGGUGGCUGUGAAAAUUCUCACUCCAUUCUCAGAGGAUGAAAUUGUUUCUGGAAACCAGCAAGUCCUAGCUCGAGGUGAAGCGGGCUUGCCUAACCUUCAUAGCAGCUCGCACGGAUCGAGGGCCUCUGCGAAGCGCGAGGAGGCAGACCGGAGGCGUACUAUUGCGCUCAGGGCGUUGGACCAACGAUUACAGGCUGCUUCUGCUGGACGUUCUCAAGCUGGGCCGUCCAUAGUCGCGGAGCCCUCAAGUCAUCCGCAGACUACUAGCCCACCUUCAAUUUCUGGACCAAAUAUCCUGGGAGGAACUACAUAUAACCCGGACAACGCAUAA